AUGUCAAGGAUUCCGCGUAGCAGUACCGGAGGUACUCAAGAACAAGAAAUCCUUAACAGAUUAUUGGCUAAUUAUGAUAUGCGAGUACGUCCACCACCUACUAAUGCAUCAGAAAGUGGUGGCCCAGUAAUAGUACGUGUUAAUAUUAUGAUCCGAAUGUUAUCUAAGAUAGAUGUUGUAAAUAUGGAAUAUAGUAUGCAAUUGACAUUCCGAGAACAAUGGAUGGAUAGUCGAUUAGCAUAUGCGCAUCUGGGAUAUAAGAAUACACCAAAGUUUCUAACAGUUCCACAUAUAAAGAAUAACUUAUGGAUUCCUGAUACAUUCUUUCCAACUGAGAAAGCAGCUCAUCGUCAUCUGAUUGACACAGAGAACAUGUUUCUGCGCAUUCAUCCUGAUGGAAAAGUUUUAUACAGCAGUCGCAUCAGCAUAACAAGCUCAUGUCAUAUGCACCUUCAGCUUUAUCCUUUGGAUUUGCAAAUUUGUGAUUUUGAUCUGGUAUCAUAUGCUCACACAAUGAAGGAUAUUAUAUAUGAAUGGGAUUUUGAAAAUCCUGUUCAAGUAAAAGCUGGAGUUGGUAAUGAUUUACCUAAUUUCCAAUUAACAAACAUCUCUACCAAUAGCGAUUGCACCAGUCACACAAAUACAGGAUCCUAUGCUUGUCUACGUAUGCAGCUCCUACUUCAACGACAAUUUAGUUAUUAUUUGGUACAAUUAUAUGCUCCAACAACCAUGAUUGUCAUUGUAUCGUGGGUGAGCUUCUGGAUUGACAUGCAUUCUACUGCUGGACGAGUUGCUCUUGGAGUGACAACUCUCCUUACUAUGACAACUAUGCAAUCAGCAAUUAACGCUAAGCUACCACCAGUUAGUUAUGUAAAAGUCGUUGACGUAUGGCUAGGAGCCUGUCAAACAUUCGUCUUUGGAGCAUUAAUUGAAUAUGCAUUUGUAAGUUAUCAAGACAGUAGUCGACAGACAGAAAAAGCUCGCGAACAAGCAUACCGUAAGCAACGAAAGAAAGCCCAAAAGAUGGAAAUGGUUGAUGCAGAAAUCUAUCAGCCACCCUGUACAUGCCAUCGAUAUAAUCCAUCACAAUUAUCAAUACGUGAUAAAGUGCGACAAUAUUUUACAAAACCCGACUAUUUGCCAGCCAAAAUAGAUUUCUAUGCGAGAUUUUGUGUUCCAUUAGGAUUUGUGCUGUUUAAUGUGGCUUAUUGGUCAAGUUGUUACAUCAUGGCUAGCCGUUAUUCACCACAUUUUGGAUAA